AUGCCUCACAUCGAGUCUGAGACCUACAUUCCCGGUCGCCUUGACGGCAAAGUCGCAGUCGUCACUGGAUCCGGUCGUGGAAUCGGUGCAGCAGUCGCCAUCCAUCUUGGUCGUCUGGGUGCCAAAGUAGUAGUCAACUACGCAAACUCCAUCAAGGACGCGGAAAACGUCGUCGCUCAGAUCAAAGCCCUCGGCAGCGACGCCAUCGCCAUCAAGGCCGACAUGCGCCAAGUGCCCCAAAUCACAAAGCUCUUCGACGAAGCCGUCGCGCACUUCGGCCACGUCGACAUCGCCGUCAGCAACUCCGGCGUCGUCAGCUUCGGCCACCUCAAGGACGUAACCGAGGAAGAAUUCGACCGCGUCUUCAGCCUCAACACGCGUGGCCAAUUCUUCGUCGCCCGCGAGGCCUACCGCGUGCUCAACGAGGGCGGCCGCAUUAUCCUGACUUCGUCCAACACGUCCAAGGACUUUAGCGUGCCCAAGCACUCACUCUACUCCGGUUCCAAGGGCGCCGUUGACACUUUUGUUCGCAUCUUCUCAAAGGACUGCGGCGACAAGAAGAUUACUGUUAAUGCUGUUGCGCCGGGUGGUACCGUGACGGAUAUGUUCCACGAUGUUGCUCAUCAUUAUAUCCCUGGUGGCGAGAAGUACUCACCUGAGCAGCUUCAGGAGAUGGCUGCUCAUGCUUCGCCGCUACAUCGUAAUGGGUUCCCGGCUGAUAUUGCUAAUGUUGUUGGGUUUAUUGCUAGCAAGGAGGGUGAAUGGAUUAACGGAAAGGUUCUUACUCUUGAUGGUGGAGCCGCUUAG